GCGAAGAUGGGAAGCUGUUCACGACCCGGUGUGCUGCUGUGUUUGGUUCUUCAUUAAUCCCGCCUUUCGUCUCAUUUGAGUCUUACUGGAUCGAUAUUCCCGUACGAGCAGAUCUACGGUAGCAUCUAUCCGACACGUAUCGACCCUUUACUGGAUAAAAGAACAAGCGAAGGGGUUGCAAAAACUGGGGAUCCGGCGUGCCCUUCUUCUGCGCCCUGUACGCACAAGCAAUGGAGAACGAGCAGGAGGACAUGUGCGCACCAGCGAUCGCCGUUGAACUUCCCCACUUCUCACAGACCUGAGAGUCAUUUGGAUAUCACUACUGUAGCCUAUUGCAGUCUGUGCUGAACCAAAUGCGUGGAAGGACGAUUUGGGUUUUAAACAGCAACAAGUGGAAUUGGUAACGUGCCCUUUCACUGGGACCCUGCUCUGCGCUGACACGGGGAUUAGAUUAGUUCUGUUUAAUGUGAGGGGAGACGCUGCGUGAAUACUCGGCGACAUAUGGUCUGCGGGCGCACAUUUGAAGCUAUCGACCCGCCGCCUCUCCACAGCGCGUCCUCGUCGGCGCAGGAGCGGACAGAGCUGGGGACACUGAGGCAUGCGGAGCCGGAAUUUAGUCUUUUCUAGCUCACCUGCGGAACUCUUCACAGCGCAAACCAAAGAAUCGCUACGGAUUCUUCUUUAUCGGGGCAUCAUCAGAGAUAGGACAUCCAGACUGAACUGACACGGGGUCAGUAGGCUAUAUAACCUUCUCCGUGUCUUUUCAACCUCCAGCUGAUCGACUCAGCCGUUGAGCACGCGGGGCGCCAUGCUGAGGCAGAUCCUCCUCAACUCCACCGACUCCCCAGACUUCGACCUGGUGCUCAUGGCCCAGUCCUCCACGCACGCCCCUUCCUCCAUGAACGCCUCCCACGGCGGUUCGGUGAGCGUGGCCGCUCUUCUGAGACCCACCGCGGGGCGAGGAGGAGGAGGGCUCCGGGAGGGCGAGCUCCACAAACCGGACCUGAUCACCUACAUAGUCAUGUGCCUACUGCUCUUCCUGUUAGUGCUGCUCAUUGUGUUCUUCAUCAACUGCCAGCUCCGGAACUCUUUCUUCGCAUCGAUGCCAUAUGACAGGUCGUUGAGAGAGGCCCGGACCACUUACAAGUAGGCUUGAUCCCCAGGGCAAAUCUGUGUCUCUGGGUCUUUAGUGAGACUCCUGGGGUUUAAGCACUAAUUGGUUACUCCUGAACUGCUGCAGCACGUACUGGACUCACAAAGAUGUUGCCUUCAUUCUUGGACACAUUGUAAGGGUUAAAUAACCUGGAAUCCCCAACUAAACCUAACAUGAUUUGUCAGGGCCUUAAUUAGAGCAGAUGUUGCCCGCAUUGCUCACUUUAAGGCUAACAGCACCAUUCCAAAAAAAAAAACUCAUCAGCCCAUGGGGGGCCAUUUGAGGAGAGGAAUGGUGCAUGGGCCCACUGCAGGUGGAACUAUAAUAGUAUAACUCUUGAUCCAAUUAGUGACUCAUAUAUUUGCUGGCAAUGAAUUAAUAACAUUGGAAACUCCCCCUUGUAGUGCCCGCACUGCACUUUGGAAAACAUUAUGUAUUCCUUUACAGUACACUCCCAAACGUGUAUUUAUUCAUCUGGCUGCUAACACAUUCGACCUGGCACCUGCAAUUUGGGUUCAAAUUCCCGGUAUUUCACACUGGCCCUGGCCAGAUUAAUGUGUUUUCUUUGUGACUUGUGAUAACAGAAAGAGUCCACAGUAGAUUGUAUAUAAAAUAUUUUGUAUGACUGUAACUUAACUGUCUUGUCUUGUGAAAUUAAGCAAUCAACACGCCAUUUUCCUUUUGUCCAUUGUAAACUGCUGAUUAAAUGACAGACUGUAGUCCUAUAUCGUCACAUAAAGAUAUUCAAAUGUACUUUGAAGUGGCAGUCUCUUCAUCUAUACACCUGUUUAUGAAUGGCGAUGCUGAAGAUGAUGCUCCAGUUGAUGAUGAUGUAAAGGGCCAGCUGUUAAUCAUGUAAUGCAUAUUCACGACUGCCAUAGGGCUGCUAGCCUUAUCGUGCACUUUAAUUAACUUCUCCCGCACAAUUUAUAGCGCCAAUGUGCCGGAGAAUGAAUUCUUGAGGCUGAGGUUUUAUGACGAGACCUGUGCGAUAAACCAAACUGGAGUCAGUUUCAGUGCCACCGGUGAUGCGCAAAUCCUCUCCAAUCUUGUUUUUAGAAAACAUCUCUCACAUACCAAGACAAAUAGAUCAGCCUAUCUCUGUAAUCCGGAGCCUGUGUGUGUGGUCGUGUGAGCACACAGGUUUGUGUAGCCUACGUCUGAGAGGUAAGAGAAACACUGCAAAAUGAGUGUCGCUAUCUGGUGCGUAUUCAAAAAUAUUUACUAAAUCUAAGAAACGCUGAAAUAACGCAUUUCAAGAAGGGUAGAGAAGGCCACAUCUGCCUGAAGAGUUGCAUUUAUAAUGACCGACCAACGACUUGCUGUUCUUGGAAAACACUCUGCAAAGAAUGGGGUUGAUUUAGUUAGCAUAUUCAGAACACUAUGUGCCUUCUCGCUUCGAUCAUUUUCUGCAAUUGCCUUGUAUAUUCUAAUGUUCUUUUUCCACAACUCUAACUGCCACUCAGUGUAAAUUACAUCUGCGAAUGCAAAUAAAUCAUUUUAGAGAACAAAAACAUCAGAA